AUGACUUCAGAACUGAACAUUAUACUACCGUCAUCAAACUCUUCGUUAGAGCCAUAUGUUGAAAGCUAUGACGGCUACAUCUCCAAGCCUCAUGGCUACAAGGAAUACUAUGCAUGGAAUUUUUGCAUUGAUCGAUUUUUUGGCUGUUUGAUGUUUGGACUAUUGUCUUUGAUUAUAUUCAAUCAACAACGUCAGUUGAGAUCGCUCAGGCGAUGGACACGAAGUGUCGAAUAG